UGCGGCCAUUUUUUGCAUUUUUUGUUGACGAUUCAGUAAAAGAAUCCGUCUGUAUCUAGGUGUAUAUCAAGCAUCAAAUAUUGAAAUAUAUUUCAAAAUGUACCCAAAAUAUUUAGCAAAACUUCUGUUUACGUCGUUUUUGGUUUUCUUCGUCCGAUGCGACGAACAUAAUCAUAUUUAUGAAGAUGGUGAGGAAGUUGUUCUCUGGAUGAACACUGUUGGACCAUACCACAACCGACAAGAGACUUACGAAUACUACUCCCUUCCAUUUUGUCGUGGACCGAAAGAAACGAUAAGCCAUUACCAUGAAACCCUAGGGGAAGCUCUUCUUGGUGUAGAGUUGGAGUUCAGUGGACUUGCUUUGGAGUACAAAGCUGAUAUGACCAAAACAGAGUACUGCGGUAUUGAUCUGUCUGAAGAGAAGUACCAAGCCUUCAUCUAUGCCGUAAAGAGCCACUACUGGUACCAGAUGUACAUCGAUGACCUUCCUAUAUGGGGUAUUGUUGGCGAAAUUGAUGAGGGUGGAGAUGGUCACUAUAUUUGGACUCACAAGAAAUUUGAUAUUGGGACUAAUGGCAAGAUGAUUGUUGAUGUGAACUUGACCAGCGAAGUUAAGGUCAAACUGAGUGCUGGAAUAAAGAUCCCAUUUACAUAUGAGGUCAAAUGGCAUGACUCAAAAAUCAAGUUUGCUGAUCGUUUCGACAAGUACCUGGAUCCAAAUUUCUUUCAGCAUCGGAUUCACUGGUUUAGUAUUUUCAAUUCCUUCAUGAUGGUUAUAUUUCUGGUUGGGCUGGUCAGUAUGAUUUUGAUGCGGACACUUCGCAAGGAUUAUGCCCGAUACAGCAAGGAAGAGGAUUUAGAUGAUAUGGAGAAAGACCUUGGUGAUGAAUAUGGUUGGAAACAAGUGCAUGGUGAUGUAUUCCGUCCUGCCUCGCAUCCGAUGCUGUUUUCAGCUUUGAUUGGGACUGGCUACCAUAUUGCCAUUGUGGCCACCUGUGUCAUUACGUUUGCUAUCAUCGGAGAGCUGUACACAGAACGUGGGUCAUUGCUUAGUACAGCCAUCUUUGUGUAUGCUGCCACAGCGCCAGUUAAUGGAUAUUGCGGAGGUAGCCUAUAUGCCAGAAUGGGAGGAAAGGUGUGGAUCAAACAGAUGGUGAUGAGUGCCUUCAUGCUGCCAACCUUUGUGUGUGGGACAGCUUUCUUCAUUAACUUCAUUGCCAUUUACUAUCAUGCAUCACGGGCCAUUCCGUUCGGAACUAUGGUGGCUGUGACCUGUAUAUGUAUCUUUGUGAUCCUGCCCCUGACACUGGUUGGAACCGUACUAGGUCGCAAUCUGUCUGGUCAGCCAAACUACCCCUGCCGAAUCAAUGCAGUACCAAGACCCAUCCCAGAAAAGAAGUGGUUCAUGGAACCAUCUGUGAUUGUGGUCCUCGGAGGUGUCCUGCCAUUUGGCUCAAUAUUUAUUGAAAUGUAUUUCAUCUUCACGUCGUUUUGGGCGUACAAGAUCUAUUACGUAUAUGGCUUCAUGCUUCUAGUCUUUGUCAUUCUGGCCAUUGUGACCACCUGUGUGACCAUCGUCUGUACCUACUUCCUACUGAAUGCUGAAGACUACCGAUGGCAGUGGACGAGUUUUCUAGCUGCUGCUUCUACUUCGGGCUAUGUCUAUCUUUAUUCUUUUUAUUAUUUUUUCUUUAAAACAAAAAUGUAUGGUCUGUUUCAGACGGCCUUCUACUUUGGUUACAUGGCCUUAUUUAGUGUGGGCCUAGGGAUAAUGUGUGGUACUUUUGGUUAUUUUGGGACUAGCAAAUUUGUGAGAAAAAUCUAUUCGACUGUGAAAAUUGACUAGCAUGGAGGAUUGUUCAUCCCUGCGUCUGACAGCUGAUAACAUGAAACACACAAAAAGUGGUGAUGGGUACAGUUAACGGAUUGAAUGAAAAGAGUGAUCUUCAGCGUGUAACGUGAUUCUUUGGCAGGCACACUUCAGAAAUCAGUCGUGCUAAAAAUACACAAGUCUUGAUGCCUUGAAAAAGACCUGUCCAAAAAAAAACGGGGGAUGGGGGGGAAAUCGAAGUUAACCACAUUAACAUACUGUCAACAAUUUCUGUUGAUAAAAAUGUAGUUAAAAAGAUGUACAGGCUAAUUUUGUUUUUCAAAUCGCCUGCACUAAGUGAAGGGAGGUAAUAUGACACUCUCUAACGUAGUAAAAAAAUUUACAAACAAAAACGAAAGGAAAAAAGAUUGAGUUACUGGUUAAGGAGAGGGGACUUUUUUCUUUCUUUCUUUUUUUGUUGCUUUUUUCAGGGUUUUUUCUUUCUUUUUGUUUUUGUUUUGUUUUUUUAUAUAACUUUUAAGGUGUGUAUCAUCAGACAGUUACACAUUUUCGUUUAUUUAUUGAAAUUAUUUUACGUCUUAUUUUGCAAACAUUCAAGUAUUGUGGAAAAUGAACUCCUUGUGGAAGUUUGGAAAUGUGUACAUUAAAAUCCAAAGUGUUUUCUUUGGGUUUCGAUGCGGGAAGCUACUUAUCCAAAGUGGUUGGCUGUGAGUGCAGUGCUCAUUAAAAAAAAACCCCAAGGAUGAUGUGAUUAAUCAGUAAAGAAGCAACUAGCAUUGAUAUUGCAAUGAAAUGUACUGGUUGUCGGUUUCAUGUUUACAAGCAUUAUUUGAAAGAUUGGUACCAAAUUGAGAUAAAACAUGCGAACUGUUCAGUUAAUAGGGGUGUGUGUAAUGAUUAAAUAUCAAUAGAUUUUACUGUCAGAACUUUGUUGCAUAAAAGUCACUUGCAUCUUGUUCAGAACGCGUCCCCAUGGUGACCGGUUAUUUAAUUGCUUCUUUUGAACAUUGUUCACUUGGCACAUAACAAAAUUUGUCUCUUGUAAUAAAGUGUGUUCUGUUAAUAUCACUUAACAACAGUUGGAAUUAAUUACUAUACAAAAAAACUAUGAAGUGAAGAUUUUUAGCUAUAAAUGUUAAGUAUUAAAUGUUCUGCAUUCCGAAAGACUACUGUAUAAAAUGGCUCUUAUAAAAACAGUUUAACAUAAUUUUUCAUUAUUCAUGAAUCGAUGAAUACUAGUCUGUAUUUUUUUUGUUCAAAACUGAAAAUCGUAGGGAUUGGAAUUUGUUUAAUUUUCUAUCUGUCCAUUAAUUUUGUGAUUGAUCUCAGUAUUGUAAGUUUGAAGUUAGAAUGGGUGUAUUCAUAAAGUGUAGAGCAUUGUCUUUAACUAUUUUAUUUUAAAGGGAUGGAUGGGGUCAUUAAUUUUUUUUAAUCUGUGAUGUACGAUAGAACUUCUUGUAGAAAUUUGAAAUGUUUGCUCUAAUAAUACCAGUUUAGCAGAGUACUAGAAUGGAUAUUGUAUCAGACCUCCCUCACUGUGAAAUUCCAGUCUGCAGUCAUGUACAAAAACACAUGUAUUGUUUUCAUAGUUGGCAUUUCAUAGUUGGCAGUUGUGCAUAAAGCCAUUAAUAUUUGCUGGUUGUUGAAAAAAUUUGUUUCCAUUUCAUUAAUAAUAAGUAGCAGAUUUCAUUGUCUUGUUUACCCCAUUCCAACAAGUAGUCCAUUAUCAGUAACUUAAAUUAAAACAAGAUGCAUUUAAUAGUUAAUGUUUUUGCCAAAAAGUUCUUUUUGACUAAAGAAUCAUUAGAGUUACUGUCGUAUUAAAUUGCACAUUUUACUGCUACAUGCAUAUUACUUUAAUCUUUGUAUACGGUACAUCAUUGUAAGUUAUAAAUUUUAAUGAACUGUUAUAAUGACUUAGAGUAUAGCCCUAAAAAAAAGUUUGCUUUUAAUUGCCUGUGCAUUCUAUUACAUGUAUUUUUGAGUGCAGUACCAUCAUAGUUUGGAAAAUAGUUUACAAAGCAUUUGUGAUUUCAUAACACAGCUGAUGCAGAAAUUGCAUGUAAAAACUGUUACGAUGUGUAAAUUGUGUUGAUGUAGUAAAUUUUAUUGAAUCUUUUUAUUUUCAAGACUAAAAUAAAAAAAUAUCUUAGUUUUAAAAGUAGAAAGUGUUUCAUCCAUGUAUUUGAAGUGCUUACUAGAGCUAACAGAUUAAAGUUUGAAUAGUUUCAGCUUUUAGACGGGAUAAUUGUUGCUGUUUUGCUUUAUGGGAAAAACAUGGUCUAGUUAUUGUUGUUAUUAUUAAGUUAUGGGGGAGGGGUAUCAUGAUCAAGCAGGGGUUUUUUGGGGGGGGUUUAAUGCGUUCUUGAAUUAUUUUGGAAAAGAUCAUUUUAGAUGAUCAAAUCCGUUUGCUUUUAACCAGAUACAGACUUUGUUACUGUCCAUUCUACAUGAUAAAAUGUAGACUGAAAGGUGUUGAUCUGCCUAUAUUUUUAUGUUGAAAACACUGCAACAAAAGGUCAAGUUCUGUUUGUACAAAUAGGAUAGUUUGGAAUCGUAAAUGCAUUAUGAUAACGUCCCCUUUGACACCAUUGUACAAGAUUAGUUUUUCCAUGUUUACAAUGACUAUUCCUGAAGUAUUUUAUAUGGAAGGCCCUUUUUAUAAAAUUGUAUUUAAAAUUGUCUGCUGUAUUAAUUGAGAGUACCAACAUCACUCAUUGGAAUUUAAUCAAAAUGGCAUUUCAACCAUAGCUUCAACCAGUUUAUACGAGAUGGAAGUUCACUUCUAUACUUUAAUUAACUUACGUAUGAAAAUGUUGAAUAGUCAUGCUGGGUUAAAAUAAUUUUUAUUUCAUAUAGUAAAUUGUUGCAGCUGCAACAGUAUGUUAUUUUUAAAUGUUGCAUCGUGGGACUGGAUGAGUUUUUAUCAUUUUCAGUUAUAUAUAAUAUCGGACUAAUGCUGGUGUACAUAUUAUGUAUAAAUGGAGUAACAGUGUGUUGCAUAUAAAAAUGUACAUAUUACUCUGCGUGCAUGUGUCACUGUGUGUAUGUGUCACUGCGUGCAUGUGUCACUGCGUGUAUGUGUCACUGCGUGCAUGUGUCACUGUGUGUAUGUGUGCGAGCACUGUUGUAUUUGUUGCUGUUGAAAAUAUAUUUUAUGGUCGCCAAUGAUUUAAUAUGUGGGGUAUCUUUAUUGCUUUGGAAGUUCUGUCAUUGAUGUAUAUUUGAUGUUUUUAUAUGAUGCUUUGUAGACAAAUUGUUAUAUUCAUGUUGAAUUUAUGUAAAUUAUUGGUGGUUUUAAUA